CGUAUUGGUUCAACCAGUCCUAAUAUACCGUUAGUAGUAGUGUGUACGUUAAAAUGGAAAAUCUUUUCGUGAAUAAAAAAAAUCGUCUUUAGAGUUUUCUAAAUUCUAUUAUAAAUGAUUCGUUUUGCCUAUUUGUAAAAUUAACUAGUCAAUACAACAUAAUGACUACCACUACUGCAUCAAAUACUAGCUCCAAAAAAUUACAAACAACUGAAAAUACUCUGAAACAAUCGAAAAAUGAUUCUAAACUGUCUGAAAAUGUGAAUUGGUGGAGUAUUUUUGGAGUUAUUGUCAUUUUAACUUUUGCUACAAGAUUCUAUAAUGUCACUGAACCUCAACAUGUGUGCUGGGAUGAAACGCAUUUUGGAAAAAUGGGUAGUUGGUACAUCAAUAGAACUUUUUUUUUUGACGUUCAUCCACCAUUGGGAAAGAUGCUUAUUGCUCUUUCAGGAUACUUAACAGGAUAUAAUGGAACUUUUCCAUUUGAAAAGCCCGGAGAUAAAUUUGGAGAUACCAAAUAUGCUGGAAUGAGAAUAUUCUGUACAUUCUUAGGAGCUACAAUAGUUCCUCUAGCAUUUCUCACGGUAUGGGAUCUAACAAAGUCAACUCGAGCAUCCGCUUUAGCUGCUAUGUUCAUAUUAUUUGAUGUUGGUUUGUUAACAUUGAAUCGCUACAUUCUCUUGGAUCCAAUUCUUCUUUGUUUUAUGAUGUGUGCAACCUGGGGAAUGGCACGAGUAGAAGCUUUGAAGAAUGAACCGUUCACAUACCAAUGGUGGGGUUGGUUGGCAUUUACAGGUGCUUCUCUAGCCUGUACCAUAGGAGUAAAAUUUGUAGGUCUCUUUGUUGUCCUACUUGUUGGUUUAUUUACAAUUUAUGAAUUAUGGAGAGAACUAGGAGAUUUAUCCAAACCUGUCUUCAAUGUUAUUAAACACCUACUUGCAAGGGUUCUGUGCCUUAUAAUAUUACCAAUUAUUUUAUACAUGAUAUUUUUCUUUAUUCAUCUCAAAGUUCUAAACAAAAGUGGCAGUGGUGACGGAUUUUAUAGUUCCGAAUUUCAAUCUCUCCUUCAAGGAAAUUCUCUCUACAAUGCUUCGAUGCCUAGACAACUUGCCUAUGGAGCAACAAUUACGCUAAAAAAUCAUCGGACUGGUGGUGGAUAUUUGCAUUCACAUUGGCAUUUAUAUCCUGAAGGCAUUGGAGCACGUCAACAACAAGUUACAACUUAUUCCCAUAAGGAUGAUAAUAAUUUAUGGCUAGUAAAAAAAUUUGAUACUGAAGUUAUUCCUCCAGAGCCUGAAUUAGUUAAACAUGGAGACUUAAUUCGACUGGAGCAUGUAAUUACUGGUCGUAAUUUACAUUCGCACAAAGAAAUAGCUCCAGUAUCCAAAAAACACUAUCAAGUAACAGGAUAUGGAGAAAAUGGAACUGGUGAUGCUAAUGAUGUUUGGAAAGUUUUAAUUACAAAUGGUAAAGAAGGAGAUGUAGUAGAAACAGUUACAAGUAAAUUGAAAUUGGUGCAUUAUUUACAUCACUGUGUGUUAACGUGUAGUGGAAAAACUCUACCCAAGUGGGCAUAUAGUCAGCAAGAAGUAUCUUGUAACCCUAAUAUAAGGGAUAAAAAUGCUUUGUGGAAUAUUGAAGAUAAUAGAUAUUCCAAGUUACCUAAUGUUAGUUUUCAAGUAUAUGCACCUGGAUUUUUAGCAAGAUUUUUUGAAUCGCAUGCUGUCAUGUUACAAGGAAAUUCAGAAUUAAAAGUUAGAGAAGGAGAAAUUACUUCUAGACCAUGGCAAUGGCCAAUUAAUUACAGAGGGCAAUUCUUUUCAGCAAACAAUCACAGAGUUUAUUUACUUGGUAAUCCAAUUAUAUGGUGGGGAAACAUAGCUUUUCUUUUUAUAUUUGCUCUACUAUAUUUAUACACUUCAGUAAGAGAACAAAGAGGUUGUGAAGAUGAUCCUAAAAUUUCUGAAAAGAAAGAAAAGCUAAAAAACUCUGGAGGAUGGCUAUUUAUAGGAUGGCUCCUGCAUUAUGUCCCGUUUUGGGCUAUGGGUCGAGUGUUGUAUUUCCAUCACUAUUUUCCUGCGUUAUUAUAUAAUUCAAUGCUUACUGGUAUCACUCUCAACUUCAUCGUCGAUGUGAUAUUCUUCUUAUGUCCGAAACAAUUGGCCUACACUCUUUAUCAUGUGAUACUUGGAACUGUCAUGUCUGUCACAAUUUACAGCUUCUAUUUAUUUUCUCCAUUGGCCUAUGGAAUGGAUGGUCCAACUUCUGAAAAUCCUGAGAGUUCGAUGCAUUCUCUUCGCUGGCUUGAAUCAUGGGAAUUUUGAUGGAAUGUUUAAAUACUCUAAAUAAAUUGGCGAUGAGACUUUUGACUUUUAGAUAAUCGUACAAAUAUAUAUAUAUAUAUAUAUAUGUUGAUAAGAUAUUUAAAUUUUAUAAUUUUUUAAAUAAAAUCUAGAGAAUUUAGAUAAUGACA